AUGAACACCAACGUGUGCGUGGAGAGCGGCCCCAACCCCGAGGCGCCGGGGCUGCCCAAGGACAGCCACCUGCCCGAGGGGGCCCUCAACAGCCUUGUGGAUUACAACUCGGAGAUGGAGAGAUACCGCUCCUUCGCCACCUUCUACAAGACCAACGGCGGCGCCUUCCCCCAGGCGGCCAAGAUCGCCCGCAUCACCACCCCCAUCUUCCCCAGUGCGGCCGCCGCCGCCGCCGCCCGCAUCGGCAUGUCCCCCUGGAACUGCGACACCGCCACGGCCGCCGCCGCCACCGCCAUGCUCUGGGGCAGCGGCGGCGGCGGCGGCGCGGCGGGCGGCGCGAGGAAACCCUCCUCCUCCUCCUCCGCCGCCGCCGCCGCCGCCGCCUCCGCGGCCGCCGCCGCCGCCUCCUCGCUGCACGCCGGCAGGGGCGGCAUGCACCACCGGAGCGACUCGCAGCGGCUGGGCAAGCCCGGCUGCCCGCCGGCCGAGCAGCCCGCCCUGCCCAUGGCCAACGGCAACUUCCUGUCCACCCUCGCCCCCGAGCACUGCCGGCCGCUGGCCGGCGAGUGCAUGAACAAGCUCAAGUGCGGCGCCGCCGAAGCCGAGAUCAUGAACCUCCCCGACCGCGUCGGCACCUUCUCGGCCAUCCCGGCGCUGGGCGGCCUCUCCCUGCCCCCCGGUGUCAUCGUCAUGACGGCCCUGCACUCCCCCGCCGCGGCCUCGGCCGCCGUCACAGACAGCGCCUUCCAGAUCGCCAACCUGGCGGACUGCCCGCAGAGCCACGCCUCGGCCUCGCCCGCCUCCGCGGCCGGGGCCGGGGCGGGCAACCCCGCCAAGAAGAAGCGGAAACGCUGCGGGGUGUGCGUGCCCUGCAAGCGGCUCAUCAACUGUGGAGUCUGCAGCAGUUGCAGGAACCGCAAAACGGGACACCAGAUCUGCAAAUUUAGGAAAUGUGAAGAGCUUAAGAAAAAACCGGGCACUUCGUUAGAGGAGGGGAACAGGAAGAGGAAGAUGGGUUAAUGUGCUUCAGAGAAGAAGAUUGUCCAGGAGGAAUGCUGAUGGGUAGUCACCUGCCCUACUUUUACCUUUCAUGUUGGAUGCUAUCUUUUACUAGAUUGCCAAAAUCUUCAUUCAUGAAAAUAGGAGCCUCAGAGCACUCAGACUUCAGCAAAUCAGUGUCUAUUUGGGGAGCCUAAAUCUGAACUAAGAAGAAUAAUUCUGUGCUUUUCAUACCACUGGCAAAAUGUAAAUUUCAUUGGUGCAACGUUCACUCAUUAUCGCUGAAUCAAAGAGCAGUCUCAGUUCCUGCUGGCAUCCUAUUUAGCAGAAAAAUAAAAGUCUCUUCUGUAGCAGACAUACAUUGCUGUGUGAAUGGAUGAUGCUGCCUCAGUCUUCAUGUCUCAUGUUCGUGUUGAUUAGCUGCCCUAUUUUAGGACUGUUUGCAUUAUGCAAUAGGCUAGUAAAAUCAUUAGUGUGCAAAUAAAAGUAGGUUUUUACCUUAAGAAUUAAACACGUAAAACACAUGAUUAAAGUGACAGAG